CGGCAGAUAUUUGGGAGGGAGACCAUUGACGGGAUGGUUCUCGCGCUGGUCGCACCUGCACUCCAGCUAAGCCCCGUAACUAAUUAUUGGCGCGCGACGCCGGAGUGGUCCAGUUGUCAAAAGGCCGCCGGCGCCACGACCCCCCGCCGGCCGGUCGUGCCCUGCCCUGCCCCGACACCCGAGCCUUUCGGGGAGCACGAGAAGUGCUCGCCGCCGCCUCGCGUCUAUAUCUCCUCCGCCCCCCUGGCAGUCUGGCACGGCCCCCUGCGGCUCCACGACCUGCGCCACCAACGUGCCCACCGAUCCCCGAGUUCGAGCUGCCAGUUACCAGUCACCGCGUCCCGCAGCUGCGCCACAGGCCCGUAACUCCCGCGGGGUUGCCGAGCGAUGAGCGACGGCGCGCGGAAAACGCGCCGGUUCUUCGGCGCGUCCAGCAGCGGCGCGGGCGGGAGCGGCGCCGGCAGCGCGAGCUACCGGGGAGGCGUCGGCAUUGGGGCGGCGCGGGUCAGCGACGUGAACACGGGGAUCCUGGACGAGAAUGUCCUGGCGCUGGUGUUCCGGUCGAUCAACUUCGACCCCAAGGCGCUCUGCACCGUGGCCCGCGUCAGCCGCCGGCUGCGCGCCGUUGCGGAGCGCGUGCUGUGGCGGGAGCUCUGCAUCUCACGGGCCCCGCGGAUGGUGGCCUCGCUGACGGGGGUCCCGGUGGGCGUGGCGGGGGCGCCCGCGCCCCCGCCCCCCGGGCGCAUUGUGGGCGGGUGGCCAGCGCUGGCGAAGCUGCUCCUCUUCUGCUGCGGCGCGGCGUCGGCGGCCGUGCCGGGCCACUUCACGGGGGUGUCCCGGUUCUCCAAGACCUCCGGGCGGAGCUUCCUGUCGCGGCGGUGCCGGGGCGACCUGCUCUACGUGUCGGACCCCUGCGAGCACGCCGUGCCGGGCGCCGCCGACGACGUGGGCGCCUACCGCGGCGUGUUCCGCGGGUUCAUGCGGUCCCGGACGCGGGCGUGCCUGGUGGGGCGGCGGGCCGCGCUGGAGACGCGCGUGCGCUGCCCCUACUGCGGCGCGCGCGUCUGGAGCAUGGUGGCCGCCGGGCUGGUGCCCCGCAGCGCGUGGCGCAGGCUGGGCGCCUACGAGGGCCGCCUCGAGUACUACGUCUGCGUCAGCGGCCACCUCCACGGCAACUGCUGGCUCGCGCGCCUCACCUCCAGCGACGGCGAACACGACGGGGACUCGGAUGACGACGAUGACGACGACGACGCGUCCACGGAAGGCCGCAGCGACGACGGCCAUGUCCCGUCCUAGCUGCGGGCAUUCCAGGCCCACCACCAUGUGUUCGAUAGAUCGGUAGCAGAGAGACUGUAGCACAGAUACUGUAGCAGAGGUCGGUGUCGAUCCCGAUACCUGGCCGGUGCGUGCGUCUUUGCGUUGGGGUUGCCAACAACAGCCGGAUGCGUUCUCUGCUUUGACUGGCGGCGGCUGGAUGGAUAUGGCACGAUGUCUACUGCUCCGGCGAGCAAUGCGCGCGGCUGGAUGGAGCCUUUUUGCGAUGUGAUCUGACCUCGUUUUCCUUGGUUAAUGCUUUGUCGGUUGCCGGCCCUGUUCUACCCUGCUCUGUUGUUUGCUUUCAAGUUUCAAGCUGUCGUGUGUUGACUUACUCGAAGCGGCGUUCGGAUAUGUCGGAAAUAUUAGUUGCAUGACAUAAAG